AUGACCCGUUUGGACUGCGGGCUUCACGCCUUCGGACGAGGAGUCUCAGCCAGUCACCUCCUCAUCGCACUGCUGAUGGUCCUGGAAAACUGCAAAGCGCUGGGAUUGUCACAUGGAGCAGAGAGAUUUCUGCAGGAUCUGCCUCAGUAUGAAGUGGUUCGCCCCACAAGAGUGGAUGCCAGAGGUCACUUCCUGUCCAACUUCCUGUCUCACCACGCUCGCCGCGUGCAGCGCCGGGAAGCCUCAGACGGACCAGCGGACUCCGAUCGAGUCUUCUACCAGUUGCGGCACGGCGGCCACAGUUUGCACUUUAACCUCACCCUCAACCCACACCUGCUGGCUCCGGGCUUCCUGACGGAGAGACGGUACGGCGGCCUGGAUGGGGCCCAGAUCCAUCCGCCUGGAUCCUCCCAGUGCCAUUUCUUGGGUGAGGUGUGGGCUGAGACCGCUGUUAAAGGAAGUGCAGCCAUAAGCACCUGUGACGGACUGACAGGACUGUUCAAGCUGUACGACGAAGAGUUUUUUAUCCAACCCCUGGAGAAGACGAGCGAUGAGACGUCAGCGCCGCAAGCUCACGCCAUCUACAAACGCCACGUGUCCCCUCCCGCCUGGAGUCCGGUCGUACAGCCCGUCUCAGAGAAACAAGCUCUCAACGGCACCUGUGGAGUUAAGGAUUCCCAUCAAAGUUUUGCAGACAUGGAGAGACAGCGGGAGCGAUGGGAGCACCGCCAGCAGAGGAGACGGAGGAGGAUUCAUCAGCGCUCAGUCAGCAAAGAAAAGUGGGUGGAAACGCUGGUGGUGGCUGACCCGAAGAUGGUGGAGUAUCAUGGGAGCAAAGCUGUGGAGAGCUACAUCCUGGCUGUCAUGAACAUUGUGGCUGGUCUGUUCCGAGAUGCCAGCAUUGGAAACGCCAUCAACAUUGUGGUCGUUCGACUCAUCCUACUGGAGCAGGAUGAGGAUGACUUAAAGAUUACACACCACGCCGACAACAGCUUGAACAGCUUCUGCAAGUGGCAAAAGAAACUCAACAUGAAAGGAGAUGAACACCCGCUGCACCAUGACGUGUCAGUUCUGCUCACCAGGAAGGACAUCUGUGCAGCCAUCAACAUGCCUUGUGAGACUCUGGGUCUGUCGCACGUGGCGGGGAUGUGUCAGCCGCAUCGCAGUUGCAGCAUCAAUGAGGACACGGGCCUCCCAUUGGCCUUCACUGUGGCUCAUGAGCUGGGACACAACUUUGGGAUUCAGCAUGAUGGCAACGGUAAUGACUGUGAACCCAUUGGGAAACGACCUUUCGUCAUGUCUCCACAGCUCCUGUACGGCACCUCCCUGCCCAGGUGGUCACGCUGCAGUCGCCAGUAUAUCACCCGCUUCCUCGAUCGCGGUUGGGGCUGGUGCCUUGAUGAUGCCCCGGUGAAGGAGAAGCUGUCUCUGCAGUCGGUGCUCCCUGGGGUUUUGUACAGCGCUGCCCAUCAGUGUCGGCUUCAGUACGGAUCUGGGUCCCUGCUCUGUGACGACAUGGAUAAUGUAUGCAGCACUCUGUGGUGCACCGUGGGAACAACCUGCCACUCAAAGCUGGACGGGGCCGUGGACGGGACCAGCUGUGGAGAGGACAAGUGGUGCUUCAGAGGGGAGUGUGUGGCAGUUGGAUAUCAGCCCCAGAGCGUGAACGGCGGCUGGGCGUCGUGGAGCCAGUGGUCGGCCUGCUCGAGGACGUGUGGCGCCGGAGUCCAGAGUGCCCAUAGAGAGUGUGACAACCCAGUUCCUCAGUACAGAGGGAAGUAUUGUCUGGGAGAGCGACGGAGGUACAAGACCUGUAACAUCGCACCGUGUCCUCGUGACCUGCCCACCUUCAGAGACAUGCAGUGCAGUCACUUCAACACCAUGCCCUACAAAGGCACGUUCUACAGGUGGGAAGCUGUCAUCAACAGAGUCAGCCCUUGCGAGCUGCACUGCCGUCCACUGAAUGAACACUUUUCUGAAAAGAUGCGGGAUGCUGUCACCGACGGGACGGCGUGCUACCAAGGCAACAAAAGCAGAGAUAUGUGCAUCAAUGGCAUCUGCAAGGCCGUAGGCUGUGAUUAUGUGAUCGAGUCCGGCGCCGUGGAGGACCGCUGUGGGGUUUGUCAGGGGAACGGCUCCACCUGCACAACUGUGAGGAAAACGUUCGAGGAGAGUGAAGGACUUGGCUACGUAGACAUCGGACUGAUCCCAGAGGGAGCCUGGGACAUCCGUAUUGAGGAGAUGGCCGAAGCCGGGAAUUUCUUGGCGCUGCGAAGUGACAACCCCAGCGAGUAUUUCCUGAACGGCGGCUGGACGAUCCAGUGGAACGGAGAGUACAAGGCAGCCGGGACGGUGUUCACCUAUGAGAGGACAGGACACCUGGAGAACCUGACGUCUCCUGGGCCCACCACAGAACCACUGUGGAUUCAGCUUCUCUUUCAGGAGACCAAUCCAGGAGUGCGGUACGAGUACACAAUCAGUCGAAACGUCUCAGAGGACAACGACGCCCCCGCGUCAGUUUUCUUUUGGAAAUAUGGCUCAUGGACUGAGUGCAGCGUCACCUGUGGCACAGGUGUUCAGAGGCAGAUUGUUCACUGUGUGGAAAAGACAACUGGGAUAGUGGAGGAGCACCUCUGCGACCCCGUAACCCGACCUGACGAUAACCAAACCAGCUGUAACAAGGAUCCGUGUCCAGCCAUAUGGUGGGUCGGAGACUGGCAGAAAUGCUCAGUGAGCUGCGGGAGCUCGGGCCAGAUGAGAAGGACGGUGCUCUGCAUCCAGGCAGUAAGUGUUGAGGAGCAGAAAGCCCUGCAGCCCGGCGAAUGUGAACACAUACCAAGACCUGAGUCGCUAACCUCCUGCAACACACACAUCCCCUGCCCCGCUGACUGGACCACCGGCAGCUGGUCGAAGUGUUCUCUGACUUGUGGAAGUGGGGUACGUCGCCGUAACGUAACCUGUUCGAGAAACACAGGUGUUGACUGUGACCCCCAGAAGAAGCCCCUUGGUAUCACUACCUGCUACAUCCAGGACUGCCCACAAGUCGUGGAUAACUUCGGCAUCGACUGGUCUGGAAGUGGCUGGUCGAGCAAAGAAGUGCUCAAUGAAAUAAACUCCAUACCUGAAGUCAAACCGCCUCCCAAGUACAGCACCACCAGGGCCCAGCCGAGAAAUCACAAUAACCUCAAUAACGUCGUCGAGGGAGAUUUCCACUACCACAAUAACAUCGAAGAUAUCGGUCGCCCUGCGGAAAACAGCGUUCAAGUCGAUGAUUUUUACUACGACUACAACUUCAUCAACUUCCAUGAAGACCUGUCGGAUGAUUUUGAGAGCGACGGACAAGAUUCAGGGGACAGUCACAGAUUCAGCGCUGCAGAGGAGGUGAAGCCGACCCACAGCGGGAGAGAAAACGCACACAUGGAAACUACGACAGCUCCAGCAGCCAUUUCUACGAAUUCAAAGGUAACUGCCGACACAAAUCUGGACAGCGUGGAGGAGAAUGGAAAUGCAGCAACGAACGACUCUAAGCAGACCAGUUCUGAAAAUAUGGAUGACUUUCUCUCUGAGGAUUAUCUUCUGCCUGUGUCUACCACUCGCUCACCAAAGAUGUCUACAACUCAGCACUCACAAACACCGAAAGAGACACAUGACCAUCUGUGGUGGCCUGAAACCAUUAGCACAGUGCCUAGUCUGGCCUUCAGCACAAAGCAGCCUACACAGGAUGUGAAACAUGGGGAGGAGGCUGAAAAUAGCUACGAGACUUUCACUGAGGAGGACAAUCUCACUGAGAAUGUCUCUGUGACUCCGAAACAUCCUGAUCCUGGAUAUCAAACCACUAUUAAUGCUGUUGUCGCGACAACAGCGAGUGCUCAGGAGACGCAGGAACAUGGGGAUUAUGAUUAUAGUUACGAUGGGAAAACAACAGUAGUUUUGGAUAUCUCUGCAAACAAAGAAGAUGUAGAGAGUCCAGAACACACGCCAGAAACUAUAAUUCAGGUUCAGACUGAAGUCCAGCUGGACGAGAGUGCUUCAGAAAUACCUCAAACGAACGAUUCGUCACCGUUAUUCCCACCUGCCUUCACAUUGGAGGAUUUGGAUCAGACUGAUUUUGAUACAGUUUAUGCCACUAGUCACUAUUCAUGGGAUACUGACCUCGACCUCAGUACAACCUUACUUCCUGCCUCUGAGAAAUCCACUACUCUUCCUGUUCCCUUCCUUCUAAUCUCAGGUAACCAAGAGGCCUCUGAUGACUCCGCAUCAUUAACUGGAACAGAAAUCGUACCUCCUACGAACCCGGGAGGAGCCACGCAGCCUCCUCCCGCUACAGUGAAACAGAUCCCGACAGAGCCCGCCUUCACUGAAAGAACUGGAACGGAUUCCACAUCCCGAGCUCCAUCGUUCGACUCAGCUGAGUUUGACUACAAUGAAAUAGUCGUUCCCAUGGCGAGGAGCAGCAGUAACAGCGAUCCUGGCUCUUCGUACCAGCUUCCAGCGAAGACAGCAGCCACUCCUCAUAGCACAACACCAGCGCAGCAUGUGGAACCACCGACACCUGCUGCACCCACUUUGCCAACCCAUCCACCCAUUCUGUGGCCGCCUCCAGUACCAACAUUUGUCCAAACAUCAGCCUCCACACAAGCCACCACUGCUGCCUACUGGGUCACCGGCAACUGGAGCACUUGCUCCACCAGCUGUGGUCUGGGUGCCAUCUGGAGGACUUUAGCUUGCAGCACCGGCACAGACUCUGACUGUGAUCCGGCAAAGAGACCCGCGCCAGCCCAGCGAUGUUACCUGCGGCCCUGCUCCACAUGGAAGGUUGAGGAAUGGAGCAAGUGCUCUAAGAAUUGCGAAGGCGGCGUUAAAUCACGAGAGGUCCAGUGUUUUGACAUGCGGGAUCAAAGGCCCCUGCGACCUUUCCACUGCCGGGCCAUGUCCUCCAGGCCUCAGACCCAAACGCCCUGUAACCUUCAGUCAUGUCUCGACUGGUACACCUCCUCCUGGGGUCAGUGCUCAGAGGUUUGUGGAGGAGGUCAGCAGCAGCGUAUGGUCACCUGUCCAGAGGAGGAUCGAUGCGACAGGGACCUUCAACCCAGCAACAUCCAGUCGUGUAAUACUCAGCCUUGUGCUCAGUGGCUUACUGGAUCUUGGGGCGAGUGUUCGGCUUCCUGCGGCGGCGGAGUGCAGCGUCGCCUCAUCAAAUGCGUCAACACAAAGGCUGAGACAGAUGAAGAAGUGGAUCAAGCUCAAUGUGACCACGAGCUGCAGCCGGAGAGCACCCAGAAGUGUAACUCACAGGAGUGCGAGAGCACCCCCUCUGGAGCAGCUUGUGUUCGUGAUCGGCUAACGUUUCGCUUCUGUCAGACUCUCCGCUGGCUCGGCCGCUGCCAGUUGCCCAAUGUGCGAGCGCAGUGCUGCAAAACCUGCAGCCAGCGUUCCCGCUCCAGCAGUGCGUCUCGCCGCUGA